GAAGAUGAGACGGCUAUGCAGCGAGCCCAGAUGGCGAUUCCAACCUCAUGGCACUAUCCAGCUCGCUUUCUGCCAAGUUGCACAAGCAACUUGGAUAAGAUAAUCACCAUCCCGAGCGCUAUCACUACUACUAUAGAAGAUGCAGCAGCUCCUUUCGCUCUGGUGAGUAUCCUCCUGGUUUAG